GAGAAAUCUCAUUCUCGACCGAAACCGUAGAAAAAAAAAACGUCCCGACAGAAAGGCGAUAUUGGAAGCGAUUCAUCUCUGUUUCGUUUUUGGUAAAUCUUUCUCUAAAAUCGUUGAUUUACGCUUAAUUAGAUCAGUUAUUUUCUUGUUUCCUCUCAAUCGGGUUGGAUAAUGGGGGUUUAUAUCGAUUUCGUUUAACGAUUGAAAUUAGGGUUUUAAAAAAAUUUGGGGAUAAAUCGAUUUGGGGAGAUGGUGCGUUUGUAUAUAGGGUUUCGGAUCGAUUUUGGUUUCAAUCGGAAGCGGAUCUUCUCUUUUUUUCUUACACGGAUUGAAAUCCCAUAUUGGUUUCAAUCGGUUCUAAUUGAUUUGUUUGAUCUUGUUGAUUCGAUAUGUUCAUUUUAAGGGAGUAUUCUUGGGGUUCAUUUAAAUCACUACUCAGUUGUAUAUAUGCGAGUAUUUUUGCGAAUGUAAUAAGUAAUCGGCUCUAAUUGAUUUAACUGUGUUCUUCACUUCUUUCAGGUUAAAGAAAAUGGGACAAGAUUACAGCUACAGCCAGCCCUCUUCAUCAUCAGACUCUCUGGACAUAACCUCCCUUCUUGAAGCCGAAGCUCAGAUUUACGCGGAUGAAACUGAUAGUAGCAACUGCAAUGCAAUGCCGGUUCAGUACCCACGUCAACCAGAGGCUGAUGAUGGAAUCCCCACGACAUGCUACUGUGGAGCUCAGCCUGUUCUCGGCUGCUCUUACACUCCUAAAGACCCAUACAGAAGGUACUUUACGUGCGAUAAUGCUGAUGAUGGAGUCUGCCACCUUUGGAAAUGGUGGGAAGUGGAAAUCAUGGAGGAGAUGAGGGAGUUUCAGAGGCAACUUAGUGAUCUUAAGAAGACGGUAGAUGAGAGUGAGCAGAAGCGCCUUAACCUUGAGAAGACGGUAGAUGAGCUUUCAAAGAAGAAAGCAGGAAUUAAGCUAAUGGUCUGUCUAUUAGUCUUAAUAGGUUUGGUGUUAGUGAUUCUGCGAGGUUAGUUUCUGUCCUCUUAUAUGUUACAAUAUAUUACUUAUGAUUUGAGCUCACAUGGCAGAAAAUUUUCCAUAUAUUGGACGAAUUUUGGUACGAGUUGAUAAAAUAAUCUUGUUUCUAAAAUACUGGACACACACGUAAAAACACGUAAAAAAGCAAUAGUUUUUAGUUUUGAAACAGUCUAACGCAAUUGUGGAAACCUAUGAAGAUCAAGCAUCAAGGGAAUAUGCUACAAGAAAAUGAGAGUAUUGUGACAAAAUAUUGCGUCACAAUAAAAAAAAAAUUAGUAACAAUAUAGUUAUUGUUACAUUUUUGUUACUAAUUUUAAUGGUUGCAAUAAGUGUGUCACAAAUUUUUUAAAGUAGCAAAAAUGUCACAAUGUUUAUGACUAAUAUUUUUGUAACAAUUAUAAUGUGACAACUAUGUAGCUAGUAGUAACGGAUCCAUUGUCACAAAAUAAUAAAUAAUAAAUUAAAUCCAAAUAUAACUAAUUAUAUUAGUAACAGAUCCAUUGGUUGAUUUACUUUUUAUUUUAACAAAAUUAAAUUUAAAUUUAUAAUUUAAAUUAUUAAAAUAUAAUUAAUCAUAAUAAAAUAUUUAACAUUACAAUUAAAACUAAAUAUAAAAUUCAGUACAUACGAACUUUAAUUAUUUACCAAUUUAAAUUUGGUUUAUAUAUUAAAACCAAUUACAAAUUAAAAUUAGUUUAUAAAAGUAAACCAAAAAAAGAAAACAAAACCUAAUUGCUAAGACUUCCAGCCAACUCAUCGCUUUGUCUCCAUAGCCAUCACUUCUCCACCAUAUUCUUCUUAAACAUAAACACCUCAUCAUACUUCCCACUCAUCCCCACACAAUCUAUAACAGCAUCGUUGACAAGUUUAGGUUUAUCAAUCUGUUUCUCUUAUUUCAUAGGUGUUAACAAGCCAUCGUAUAUAUACAAAUACAAUCCCGAGUUUAUAGGAAAGUUUACAUAAUAAAGAUAUGACUCAAUCUUAGUAGAUGGGAUCUUAACA